AUGAAAUCACUUAUCUCUCUUGCCUUAAUAUCCAUAUUAGCUGCUACAAUACACUCACAAAAUUCAACAUACAAGAGAGGCUUGACAGAUCAUUUCAUUAGAUUUUUAGAUACAAAUAAGGACUAUUACACUUACAAUUUUAACAGGACCUAGUUCUUCGGAGGAUCAUUUGGAGGAAAAGAAAAUGAUUCUUCUCCAAUCAAUAAAGUUCCAGUUGUCUUUGUUCAUGGAGCAGCUGAUAUGCUCAUUGGUUAUGGAUGGGAAAAUGAUGGUUUCAGAUAUGACAUCGAGUAUUUCCUCUAAAAUGGUUAUACCAAAGCUGAAAUAUAUGGCUCAAUGUGGGGUUACGCUGACAUCCCAUAUGAGUAUAACCUAAAGCAAGAUACUGAAUAUGUAUUAGCUAUUCGAAAAUUCAUGGAAGCUGUGCUAGAUUACACAGGUGCACCAAAGAUUGAUGUUAUUUCACAUUCAAUGGGAGUUACUCUUUCAAGAGCAGCAAUUAAGGGUGGUAAAUAUCUAUUGAAAGACAUUGGCUACAUCAGCUUGAAGCCAAUUAAUAAGAAUGUAAGGACCUACAUUGGAAUAGCAGGAGUUAACUAUGGAGUUUUAAGGUGCUAAUAAUCAUUCUACUAUGACAACUUCUUUGGCUGCAAUAAAUUGAAUGGAUUUUACCCUGGUAACUUGGAUAAGAACAACAAAGUUGUCAAUGAGUCAGAGUUCUUACACAAUUUGAAUAAUGAUAAAACUAAGGAAGGAGACUAAGCUUACGCCAUGCUUAGUUUGUAUGAUAAUCCUCUGACCUAAAAUGGCAAGUACAAUUCUGCUUUCCCCACAAUGGAUAUGGCCUUUAUCUACAAUAGUAGUGAAUAUACUCACCUAGUUAUAAGAGAUAAAACAUCAGAAUUCUAACUCAGACUACUUAAUUCCUAUCACCCUUCAGAAUUUUAAGAAACUGAGUUCAUGUUUAUGACUAAUUCUGAAUACAUCCAUUAAGUAAAGGUGAGUUAAGAGGAUAAGGAAUUAGAAAGUAACUUUCUUCAAUGA